AUGAACGACACUCCAAGCCAUGAUGAAGUCGACCGAGUACUCAAUCUGAAGCGCAAAGACCGGGAAGUGAGAGCGUGCUACCCCUGUCGAAAAAGAAAAGUCAAAUGUGAUGGCACUCAGCCUUGCCAUACAUGCCAAAAAAGAAAUCACCCCCAAAUUUGCACUUAUGAUUCGCCCCGAGACCCCCGAAGAGAGAGUUCUCACGCAGGCAAUGCCCGGUCUGCAUCGCAAAGUCCAGCACGCCUAACGCCACUUCGAAGACAAGCUAAUCAAAAGGUUCCAACGGCUGCCUCGACGUCGACAUCACUCCGACCAGAUGAGGCUGCGAAGAAUUAUGUCUACUCCGGAGAUAACUCGGUUGUUUCGAUACUACGUUCUCGGGCAUCGGAUGGCAAUGAAUCCAUGACUCGGGAUCUGGGCUCCGUCCUAGGUCUCCAAAAUACCUUUAUUAGCUACCCGUUCAUGGAUUCGAAGACUCCGCAGGAAAGGUGGAGCUCAUUGCUCAGCGUUCUACCGCAUAGAAAUGAAGUCUUGAAGUUCUUCCACUAUUAUAGUGUCACAGCAUAUCCAUUCAAUCCGAUCCUCGCUGAUAUGGAUCGAUUCGAGUCCGAUCUCUGCACGUAUCUUAAUGCGCUCGUGGCUGGAGAGUUGCGCGACCAGCAUACAAUCACUGAACGCUGGGCAACUGACAAGUCGAUUGGCCACAUAAGUCUUCUGUUGGCUGUGUUAGCUGCCGGUGCCCAUUACUCUGACAUCGACUAUCCUCAGCGUUUAGAACUGGCGACUGAUUUUGGUCUGUCCUCGCUUAUCUCUCACUUCUCGUCUUCGCUAACACUCGCAGUACGCCGAGCAUUCCAUGCCCUCCGUCUGGCAAACUUCCUUUUCCGACCAUCCCUCGAUACCAUUCAGGCCCUUUUAAUUAUCGGCAAUACGCUGCAGAAUAUGGGACAGUCCGACGCGGCUUGGGCGUUAUUAGGCACAACCGUUCGUCUUGCUCAGACGAUGGGCUUGCACACAGAGCGAAGCACCGCUCACUGGCCAGAGUACGUUCGAGUGAAAGCAAAGAAAUUAUGGUCAACUAUCGUGUGGCAGGAUAGUUUAUUAUCGAUGUGCUACGAUCGUCCGCCAAUCGUCAUGGUCACUGGAUGGACUACUGAUGAGACCUUUCUACAUCGAAACGAUCUAUCGUACGUAGACAUUAUGCAUUCUCUUUGCCGGCUCGGUCUGGAUACCAUGCGACCCGACUCUUUCGGUAAUAAUGAGUUCGGUCGAGCUGUUGAAGCCCUACAGCAUAUGGAUACGCUAUAUAAACGAGGAAGCCCUCACCUACAACUCCGAACCAAAUGCACAACUCUACAACAGCACCUUGAGCACCUAGCUCUCAAGAUGCAUUCAUCUUUUUGUGUGUCUGUGGUGUGCCGCCCGGCAAUGAAGCAGUCUCAACCCCAAUCACAGCCCCUUGAGACUGAUGUUUUGCGGACCCGGGCGAAGGGAAGCUUGCUUGACGCGUCUCGGGCAUUUCUUGAUUUCCAGGCUCUGAGUGUGGUUCCACUGCGCAGCUGGUCAAUGGUGCAUACCGUCUUGAGCUCAACACUGCUUCUCUGCAUCUGGGAAGAAACCAGGAAUGACCCCGAGUGUCGGGACCUGCAACAGCGUGUCAUCGAUGUGUUCACCUCAUCAGACUCUCGAACGGUAGAUGAGAGUGGUACGGAGAAUGACAGCCAGUGGCUCUCUACGAGACAUAUCCGUGCUCUGGUCACCUUGCGUAGUGCUUUAGAUCGGCCGCAGGAGAAUGAGGUAUCUGAGAAUGAGUCUUGGGCUGGCCCUGGCUUCAAUCCAGGCAUCUUUGGUUCAGGGUGUGUAUCGACAUCCUGUGAUUUGGCUCUCACUAACAUGUCCAGUAUGCCUGAUGCCUUUUUCAAUGUUGCACAUCCGAUGAGUAACUCACCUAUCUCUUAUCUGGAUUCAAUAAUGAAUGUCCCAAUGUUCGACUUCACUCAAGAAAAUGGACUUUUAUGA